CGAAUGUUUGGAGGGACUAAAGUAAAAUCUUUUGGAAACACAUGUGUUAGAACUUCAGAUUUUAACUGAUGAAGUGAUUAAGUGAAAUAACAUUGUCACUAACACUGGUCAGAUAUGCUGACAUCAAAAACAUUCAUUAAGAAAACAAAAACCGGGAAAAUCUUAAAGAUUGUACGUGAGCAUUAUCUUCGAGAUGACAUAACGUGUGGUGUUGGAAGUUGCAGAGAAUGUGAUGGGCCGUCCACUUUGGAGGCUGCCUCUACCAGCCCCAGUGAAAUGUGCCAAGGAGAGCACCUUCUUUGUCCAGAUACAAACGUUAUACUACACCAGAUUGAUGUUAUUGAGGACCACAGGAUAAGAAACGUGAUAAUUCUACAGACUGUUUUAGAAGAGGUUCGCCACAGAAGCAUACCAAUAUACAAGAGGUUGAGAGACAUCUUGUGUAAUCCAGACAAGCAUUUCUAUAGUUUCUGUAAUGAGUUUAACAAACAUACAUAUGUAGAGAGAGAAGCUGGGGAGUCCUCUAAUGACAGGAAUGACCGGGCGAUCAGGGAGGCUGUUAAAUGGUACAACAAACAUCUACAGACCAGCAGACAGAUACAGACUCUACUGCUGACCAAUGAUGCAGACAAUAGGAAGAAAGCCCUGGACCAGGGAAUUCAGAGUUACACAAUACAUCAAUAUGUGAGGAGUUUAAAGGAUGGAAAGGACUUAGUGGAUAGAUUAUCACUUUCUGGCUCUAAAGUGUUUUCAGGUGACAAGGUGCAGUACCCUGAACACCUCCCACUGUCAGCCAUACAGAAGGGUCUGAAGACUGGAAAGUAUCUCCAGGGAAAGUUCAUGGCCAGCCGAGAGAAUUACACAGAGGCUAAUGUCAGUGUUGCAGAUCAAGAGAAAAUGAUAUUCAUACAAGGACUUCAGAAUUUGAAUCGAGCUGUCCAUGAUGAUAUCGUGGCCAUAGAGAUGCUGAAGGAGGAAGACUGGACUUGUCCGUCAUCUGUCAUUCUCGUUCACACUGAGGAGAAAGACGACACUGUUGAGGAAGAAGAGAAAGAGAAUUUGGAGAAAAAGCGUAGAAAAGUUCCAAAAGAAUUGAGACAACCUACAGGCAAGGUUGUGGGGAUCAUCAAGAGAAACUGGAGACAGUACUGUGGCAUGUUACAGCCCUCCAUCAUCAAACAGGCCACCAGGCAUUUAGUGGUCACUGCUGAUAAAAGAAUUCCAAAGAUUCGGAUAGAGACCAGACAAGCGGCAGAUUUAAUGGGUCAGAGGAUUGUAGUAGCCAUUGACAACUGGCCAAGAACAUCUAGAUACCCACAGGGACAUUUUGUAAGGAAACUUGGCAACGUUGGAGACAAAGAAACAGAGAAUGAAGUUCUGUUGUUAGAGCAUGAUAUUCCUCAUGCUGGAUUCUCUGAGGCAGUUCUUAACUGUCUGCCCACACUGCCAUGGGAAAUCACAAAGGAGGAUAUGGAGCGUCGGGAGGACUUCCGUGACCUCGACAUAUGCAGUGUGGACCCCCCAGGCUGUACAGACAUUGAUGACGCCUUACACUGUAGGGACCUCCCAAAUGGGAACCUCGAGGUUGGGGUACACAUAGCAGAUGUGUCUCACUUUAUCCGGCCAGGGACGGCCAUUGACAAGGAGGCAGAGAGGAGAGGGACAACUGUAUACCUCACAGAUAAGAGGAUUGACAUGGUUCCUGAGUUGCUGAGCUCUAACCUUUGUUCCUUGAGGUCCAAUGUUGAAAGAUUUGCCUUUUCUGUUAUAUGGGAGAUCACAAACGAUGCAGAGAUUGUUAAGGCAAGAUAUGCUAAGAGUGUCAUCAAAUCUAAGGCUGCACUAACAUAUGCUGAGGCCCAGAUGAGAAUUGAUGAUCCUAGUAUGACAGAUGCUGUCACUAAAAGCCUUCGCAACCUCAACAGACUGGCCAAAAUUCUCAAGAAAAAGAGAAUGGAAAAGGGAGCAUUAACUCUAGCCUCCAAUGAGGUGCGAUUCCAUAUUGACAGUGAGACACAUGACCCCAUUGAUGUGGAAACCAAACAAAUCAGAGAGACAAAUUCCAUGGUGGAGGAGUUUAUGUUGCUGGCUAACGUUUCUACAGCUCAGAAAACCCUCCAGGAGUUCCCUGACUGUUCCUGUUUGAGGAGACAUCCCUGUCCCCCACCCUCAAACUUUGAUCCCCUCAUAAAGGCAGCACAGUCAAAGGGCUUCAGGAUUGAUGUGUCAAGUGGUAAGGCUCUUGCAGACAGUUUAGAGAGGGCUGUCCUGCCUGAUGAUCCAUACUUCAACGUGAUGUUACGAAUAAUGACAACACGCUGCAUGGCCCAGGCGGUCUAUUUCUGUAGUGGAAUGUUACCGCCCUCGGAAUACAUCCACUACGGUUUGGCUGCGGAGAUCUAUACACAUUUUACUUCUCCAAUUAGAAGGUACUCUGACAUUAUUGUACAUCGGUUGUUGGCAGUGUGUAUUGGAGCUGAUGCUUCUUAUCCAGAGUUGACAGAUAAAUAUAAGACACAGGCUGUUUGCAACAAUUUGAACUAUCGCCAUAAGAUGGCCCAGUAUGCAGGCAGGGCAUCUGUGAAUCUUCACACACAUAUUUUCUUUAAGAACAGACAUGUUGAUAAUGAGGGUUAUGUGCUGUUUGUGCGUAAGAAUGCCUUGCAAGUCUUGAUUCCCAAGUAUGGCCUGGAAGCCACACUGUAUCUGGACUCCAAGACAGUGACUUUUGAGUAUGAUGAACAGGAACACACCCAGACGUGUGGAGACAAGGUGUUCCGUGUGUUUGAUAGAGUCAUUGUUCAGCUGACCAUCGAUCAGUCCAACCUACAGCAUCUCAAGCUACAGACAAAACUUGUGGAGCCCAAGAUUGAGGGUUUUAGUGUUCCUCCCUCCACACCUUCAGACACCAGUGAUGAACCACCACUGAAGAAGAAAAAGAAAACCUGAGAAGCUAUAUUUCUAAUAGCAAGAGAGCUAGUCGUAUAUGUGCUCUUGCUGCUUUAUUGUCAUCAAGUACACUCACCCAGAGUUUUGGAGAAAUGUCUGUUCAGGACCAUUGUUAUAUUUGUUGAUUCCACUUCAGGAUGAACUUUGUUUUGCAUUUGGUCAAGUGCAAUGUUGAUGAACAGAUAUUUUAAACUUUUUUUCACAUUGUUAGCGACAAUAAAAAGAAGAACAUCC